AAGAGUAGUUGUCCCUACCAAAGAAAAUCCCAAACCACUCAAUUCCUCAUGGAACCAACACACCUUCAACCCCAUUUCCCCUCUGCAAUCCAUGUCUCACCAUAUCUGAAUCUCUCCAUCUUCCCAUGGAAACCAUUCUCUCUCCACACACACUCUCUCCUCUCCUCAACCCCAAACCCUCCUCUCCCAAGAAUCUCUUCCCUUAUUCCUUCCAACCCAGAAGACAUUUUGUUUCUUUCUCUAACCCCAUUUCGUUCUCUCUCAAAAACCCCUCUCCCAAGUCUCUCCGAUCAUCGCUCCCAGUUCCCUCGAAUUGGUUCUCCCAUCUCCAACAUGGGUUGGCGGCGCUAGCAAUUUCUUUAGCGCUCAACUUUUCCCCAUUGUUGGCCACCCACAAUGCUCUGGCGUCUGAAUUUGAUGUGCUCAAUGAUGGGCCGCCGAAGGAGUCGCAUCUAGUGGACGAUGCUGGAGUUCUCAGUAGAGUCACGAAGUCGGAUUUGAAGAGGCUGUUGACGGAUUUGGAGUCGAGGAAGAAUUUUCACAUUGAUUUUGUCACUGUUAGAAAGCUUACUAGCAAAGCUGAUGCGUUUGAGUAUGCUGAUCAAGUUUUGGAGCGUUGGUAUCCCACUGUGGAAGAUGGCAACAACAAAGGUAUAGUUGUUCUUGUCACCAGUCAGAAAGAAGGAGCCAUUACUGGUGGGCCUGCCUUUAUCCAAGCAGUUGGAGAAAACAUACUUGAUGCUACAGUAACAGAGAACCUCCCAGUCUUAGCUACUGAUGAAAAAUACAAUGAAGCCAUAUAUAGCAGCGCGAAGCGGUUAGUUGCUGCCAUCGACGGUCUUCCAGAUCCGGGCGGUCCUUCGUUUAAGGAAAAUAAGCGCGAAUCUAACUUCAAAUCACGAGAAGAGACAGAGGAGAAACGAGGUCAGUUUUCUCUUGUAGUUGGAGGUUUGCUGGUGAUAGCCUUUGUUGUUCCUAUGGCUCAGUAUUAUGCUUAUGUAUCCAAGAAGUAAAACAAUCCUCUGUUUCCUUCACAUUCGUAUGUAUAACCAUAAUGUUCUACAAAUAGGAUCGCUACAACAUCAUUUGCAACAAACCUGUUAUAAACCAAGAGUUCAGCUUUUCAUAUAAUUAGGGGUAUUGGAGGUUCCA